UCACCCAGUUAUCAGGGGAGGGGGAAAGGAAAAAGAGGGGAUAAGAAGAACCACAAAGAGUCAUCAGACAACAACUUUACAAUACCUCGUAAUACUGAUAUAGCCCUAGACUCUGCACCAGUGGAGUCUGUGGAUUUGUUACAGCUGAGGUUCUACCCAGACUACCAAUGGCUGGUGGACUUCUCUCUCUCUGCUGGAAUGGUGUACUUCCUCACAGAAAUCUACUACACCAUCGGCCCUCGGUCAGAGUUCAAUAUCAGCAUGCUUUGGUGCCUGCUUGUGAUUGGGUUUGCACUGAGAAUUCUGCUUGCCCAGACGGCCAUGUAUUUCAAGAUGGAAAAUGGAGGGGAGAGAAUCCUGUGUGUGACCUUUGGUUUCUUCUUUCUUGUGGCAGCCAUGGGUGUUCUUGUUGUGGAUGAAUCCAUACUGGAAUUUGGUUUGGCGGAGGGUUAUGAGAAUUUUUCCACAGGUGCUAAAAACUUUCUAAAACACCAGGAUGUGGACUAUGAAGGUCCUGUAAGCUUUUUGACUUUCAAGAUCAUUCUAGCAUUUGUUUGUGCAAUUGUAGGAGCCCUGUUAACCUUUCCUGGGCUUCGGUAUGGAAAACUUCACAUUGAUGCAUUGAAAUAUUCCAAAGAAAACAGAAUUAAACAGCUCUUAUUGCAUUUAAACUUUGUCUUACCAUUAGUGAUUAUCUUGCUGUGGAUAAAGCCAUUAGGACGGACAUUCUUAUGUGGAAAACACUGGAGAGCAACAUACAGACAUUUACAGGAAUCACAAUUUGACAUUCUUCGUCUGCUUUUAAUAGGAAUAGUGUUUGCUUUAAGACUCUGUUUGAUGCCAACUCACCUACAAGCUCACCUCAAUACAGCUUAUGAAAAAGUGGAGAACUUAAAGAAGGAGAGUGGAAGAAUCAGUGGAACUGAGUUUCAAAAAAUGGUAGCAAGGAUUUUCUACUACCUCUGUGUGGUAACCCUACAGUACCUGACCCCCGUAAUUCUCCUCCUGUUUCUGAUGUUCCUACAGAAGACCCUGGGUGAAUACAACUGGUCCUCUGUACUAGGGCAAGAUUUGGAGGAGUACUUCACUUCCUUUAGUAGAAACUCAACUCAGAUCUCAAACUCAACAAUCUCAGGGGCUCUAAACUCGACUACUCUUGAGUCAAUUAGUGAGACAGCAGCCCAGUUUUCAUUGACUCUAGUGAACUUGCGGCAGGUGUUCUCAGCUCAGUGGUAUCGCGGCCUGCUCUCCUUUGUUACAUGGUGGGUGUGUGCUUCCUGGUUCACCACGUCAGCCUUUGGAAUGUACUACCACUCCAAUGUGGGAUCCAGGUGAACUCACAUACCUCGUAAUAUCUGACAUUGUAUAUGCCAAAUGUUUGA